AUGCGCGCCGAGAACAUCGGGCAGAAAAAGCGCUGCCGAUCGGCUCACGAAGCGAUUCCAGUGAGCUAUCGGGACUGUUACAAGAUAAUAGAAUGUGUGGGAGAAGGAACCUACGGGGUAGUCAGCAAGGCGACCGAACGAGCCACCGGAAACUUGGUGGCUUUGAAAAGGAUUCGAACAAAUGGGAGCUCGGAUGGUCUGCCGGCAACGAGUCUGAGAGAGAUCAAGUUACUGAAGAAUCUAGACCACCCGCACAUCAUAAAGCUCAACAGCGUCUUUCACGAACCCUUUAUGGGCGGAGCCAGCGGCCAGUGCUCAGAGUCACCAAUCUUGAUUCUAGAGUUCGACUAUCUGGAAUGCGACCUUCGCAAAUUCAUGUAA